UGGCCCAGUACUAAAUUAUUAUUUCAUAAUAAUAGUUUUGGUUAUUUCCUUAUUAUGAUUAUUUCUUUUUAUUGUUCUUUUAAUUAUUUGGGUCAGCCCGCUGUGCAUGGGCUUAGGGUUAGUAUUUAUAGGAGUUUUCUGGAUCAUUCUAGGUAUUGAGAAUUAUUAUUGUGUUUGGGACGGCUUGCCGUAGGCCUCAGUUGAGGAGAGAUAUUACAGUACGUAUUUUACUUCUUGAGUUCUGCCUUAACUCUAUCAAUUUGGUCCGACCUGCCGGAUCGAAAGAUGCCGAUGACGAGAGACCAACAACGCAUGGAGCAGAUAGAGAAGGCACUGGAGGAACUUCGCGCUGCCCAGUCUGCAGCGGCGGCGAAGCAAGCAGCGUCAGAUUCUAAACUUGACGCCAUUCUCGCCCAGUUGAAAUCCUCUGAUCACUUUGAUCGGGGCCCCGAUCCCUCGCUGUCGAAGUCAGAAAGUUCCCCCACUCCGAUGUUGCAGAAGAUGGAGAUGCCCAGUUUCGACGGAUCUGAUGCUCGUGCAUGGCUUGCACGUGCAGAGCAGUAUUUCUUGGUGCACCAGACACCUGCGGCGAAGAAGGUGGAGUUCGCCGUGAUAGCCUUGUCAGGGUCAUCGAUGUCUUGGUAUCAAUUGCUGAUCAGGAGGAUACCUAAUCCCGAUUGGGUAACUUUUCGUCAGGAGUUGCUGAUUCGAUAUGGCGAUGAGUCCGCAAUUAACGGCUAUGAAGCCUUGCUUGCAGUCAAGCAAACAGGUUCUCUCGAGGAAUAUAUCGCCGCUUUUGAGAAUAGGGUUUCACAAAUUCCUGAUUUCUCGGAUGCGCAUUACUUGGGAUUUUUCUUGGGUGGGUUGAAGAAGCAUCUGCGAGCCCAGAUUCAAGAUAGUGUAAUUUUCAGCUAUUCAGCCGCUUUACAGGCUGCUCGAAAGAUAGACCAUGCAACAUCGCCAGCCCCACCGUCGAAUCCUACAAGGUUUGUCCCCAUGAUGAACUACUCGACACGGCCAUCUUACACGCACCCGAGCCAUUCGGCGUCACAAGGUUCCAUACCUCAGGCAAGCACAUUGCCUACGUAUUCCCAGGGUUCAUCAGCUCCGCGGAGUUCUAGGAACUUUCGACAGGUCUCCAACGACGAAUUUAGGAAACACAUGGCAGCAAGAACGUGUUUCCGUUGUGGAGGAAAGUUUGGUCCUAUGCACCGUUGCCCUCCUAAAACAUUACAAGUGCUGAUCGGUGAUGAGGAUGAUGAGCAAAGUGACGAGCUGCAACAACCCCAGGGGGUGAGUUUGGAGGAAAAGGAACUGGAGGAGGCAGCAGAGCUACAGCAGCUCCAAUUAUCAGAACUAACGUCGUUUGGUUUUGAUGGACCUCAGACCAUGAAACUGUUCGGUAGAGUGGGAGACACAAGGCUGUUACUGAUGGUUGACAAUGGGGCGAGCCAUUGUUUUGUGUCCGAAAAGGUGGCCCGAAAGCUAAAUUGGCAAAUUGAACCCACAACUUCUUUUUCGGUGGUAUUGGGUGAUGGCUCUCGAGUUCGCACUGGAGGAAUAUGUAAGGAUGUUCCACUCACACUGGAUACUGAGACAUUUUAUAUCUCUUGCUAUGUUUUUCCUAUUUGCAGUGUGGAUAUGAUAUUGGGUGUGUCGUGGCUGGCUACCCUAGGAGAGGUGAAAGCAAAUUGGAGAAAUCUUACCAUGGAAUUUUCGUUGAAUGGGCGUUUACAAUGCCUGCGUGGAGAUCCCUCACUCACUCGCAGGGCCUGUUCCAUUCACGAGCUCUGUUCAGGUGAGCAAGGAGAUGAGUGUUGGGCGUUGAGGUCUUUAGAUGGGGGUGCGACGUUGGAGCGAUUCGGGGUUUCUGAGUCCCUUUCGCCAUCUGCUAAGAACGAACUGGAGGCUGUCUUGGCAGCCUUUCCAUCUGUGAGUGCGCCCUCAGCGAGCCUUCCUCCAGCAAGGGAAUGA